AUGGAUUUAAUAAACUCAACUGAACAAAAUGGUACAUCAGAAGAACUAUUCAAAUGGGUGACAUCCAAGAUUCUUAUUUCCAUUACCCUGUCUGUGCUUGCACUAAUGACAACAGCCAUCAAUUCUCUUGUGAUGACUGCAAUAAUUGUGACAAGAAAGCUCCACCACCCCGCCAACUAUCUAAUCUGCUCUCUUGCAGUGACUGAUUUCCUUGUGGCCGUCCUAGUGAUGCCCUUCAGCAUUGUCUACAUUGUAAAGGAGACCUGGAUCAUGGGGCAAGUGGUGUGUGACAUUUGGCUGAGCGUGGACAUCACGUGUUGCACAUGUUCCAUCUUACAUCUCUCUGCCAUUGCUUUGGACCGGUACAGAGCAAUCACGGAUGCUGUGGAAUAUGCACGGAAAAGGACACCUAAGCAUGCUGGCAUCAUGAUUGCAGUGGUAUGGAUCAUAUCCAUUUUUAUCUCUAUGCCACCUUUGUUUUGGCGGCACCAGACGACCAGCAGAGAUGACGAAUGCAUCAUUAAACACGAACACAUUGUUUUCACCAUUUACUCCACAUUUGGCGCCUUCUAUAUCCCACUGGCCUUGAUUCUGAUCCUUUAUUACAAGAUAUACAAGGCAGCAAAGACAUUUCACAGAAGAAGCGUCAGCCGGAUUGUAAGGGAGGAGGUAAAUGGACAAGUCCUUUUGGACACAGGUGAAAGAAGCACCAAAUCGGCUUCAAUGCCCAGCACAGCGGAGAAGACAUCAGAUCCCCUAGUGAACUCCGAUAAAAUCAGUAUCAGCCUACGAAGCCCCAGGUCUGAAUCUAAGCAUGAGAAGUCCUGGAAAAAACAGAGGAUCUCUAGCACAAGAGAGCGAAAGGCAGCAACUACAUUGGGUCUGAUCUUGGGGGCAUUUGUGAUCUGCUGGCUCCCUUUUUUUGUAAAAGAAGUAGUUGUUAAUACCUGUGAAAGAUGUCACAUCUCGGAAGACAUGUCUAAUUUCCUAGCAUGGCUGGGAUAUAUAAAUUCCCUUAUUAACCCUCUAAUCUACACAAUCUUUAAUGAAGAUUUCAAGAAAGCCUUCCAGAAGCUUGUGCGGUGUAGGCAAUAUCUUUAA